AUGGUACACGUUAUCACAUCAAAAGCAGAGUUCGAUCAGAUCCUGAAAGAAAAUGAAAAAGUAGUACUUGACGCUUGGGCAACAUGGUGUGGACCAUGUAAAUUAAUCGGUCCUGUGUUCGCAAAGCUAGAACCUAAAUUUGAGGGUAUAAAAUUUGUCAAGGUUGAUGUUGAUGAACAAUCUGAAAUAGCUCAACAAUUACAAAUUCGAGCUAUGCCUACUUUCAUCGCUUUUGUUGGUGGGGAAAGAUUUGACGAUUUCGUAGGUGCCGUACCCAAGAAACUUGAGGCUGAUACGCAGAGAUCGGGAUGA